GAUUACCUAGUUGAACUGAAACCUCUUACUAUCACCACAGUUAUCUCUCUCUCUUUUUUUUAUCUAUGGCUGCGGAUAACGUUGAAAAAAAGGACAUCUGAGAAAUGAAAUGAUUCGGCAUUUUAGAAUAUAGGCCGACAGAAAAAGAAAGAAAUUUGAAAACACAAUAAAUAACAAUUAAUAAAAGAACAAAUAUUCAACAAAUUUUUAAUAUCGACAUUCUUCUUGCUGUAAGGAAGGAAUAAAACGAAAGAAGAACUAAAACAUAAGAUAAAACUCUAAGGAGAAACAAUAAUAAAAAUUCAAGUUUUUUUUAUGAACUUUUAUAAACAUUUUGUGAAAACAAAAACAAAAGGAAAGACAAGAAGAUAAGGAGAAGGAGAAAAUAUAAGAGAAGUAAUAUAUAGAGAUAGAAGGAGAAAGUUAUUUUUUUUUUUUCUACGCUUAUCGUUGUUUUAUUGGAGGAAAUUUUUUAAAAAUGAGUCGAAAGAGUACAAUAAGGGAGAAAGAUGUUGAUGAAUUUUUAAAAAAAAAUAAGGCAUUCGCCUCAAAAUGGUUCAAAGCUAAUAUGGAUAAUUUAGAAAAAACUGAAAAUGAACCAGAGGAAACGGUUACUGAAGAAGAUGAACUUGCAGCUCUUAAUUAUACGAAUACACCUUCAAGGCAGGGUUCUUUUUCUAUUUUUUCGUUCUGUACUAAUAACAUGAGUGGUUCUAACCCAAGAAAAUCAGUAGAUGAACUAUCCGUCAACAAUGCUAUAUAGGUUAAAUACGUAUCAUAAGCGAAAAAGGAUUUGAUAUUUUAUUGACUUCAAUCUAUCAGUUUGUCAUAAAAUGUAUAUUAAGGUCAAGUUAUAUUUUAAGUUUAACGAUAGUCUAUGGUUCAUAAAAAGGAUAAUGUUAAUAUAUAUUCUGAUAUUUAUUAAUGUUACAUAUGUCAGUCUAGUUAGCGGUAUCUUACAAUGACAAUUAUAUGAAUAUUCCUAUAUUCCUUUUCCAAGGUAAUAUAACGCAAAAUGUAUUAUUGCUAAUCAAAAUAUUCCUACCUGAAUAUUUGAUAAAUGCC